UUACAUUUUAAGGAUCAUAAUUAAAAUCCAUUAAUGAUAUUUGUAACAAUUUUGACCAAUUUUAACUUCACCUCUUGCAUGAGCCUAUUCCCGCCAUUUUGAGAGGCGAAUGUUUUUCACGAAGCAGUAACGUAGAAGUACGGUAUAUAGUCGAAUAUCUGGAAAUGAGUGAUGUUCUGGAAUAUCCCGAUGCUCUUCAGGAGGUUCGGGGGGCUAUGAACCCUGGACGCUUAAAACUACAGAGCAACUUGGUCAUUUUCAAGAAUAUCAAAACUGGUCGUGUUGAGCAGUUUCCGUCCAGUGAAGUAGUCAAGGCCCAGUGGUUGUGCAGAGCCAGAGGUUACUGCCUGAAACUCAGACUGGAAAAUGGAUCCAUACAUAGAUUUGAUGGCUUCAAAGAGUCGGACUUUGAAAAGCUAGCACCAUUCCUAAGUAAAUAUUAUCAAAAAGAUCUGGAAAAAGUAGACCUGUCAGUGAGGGGCUGGAAUUAUGGUGUUGCAGACUUCGUAGGGAACUCCUUACAUUUUAGCGUUCAUGACAAAUUGGCAUUUGAGAUUCCACUAUCAAAUGUAUCCCAUGCAACAACAUCAAAGAAUGAGGUGACAUUGGAGUUCCAUCAGAAUGAUGAUGCACCUGUGUCGCUAAUGGAAGUCAGAUUUCACAUUCCAUCCAGUUCUGACAACCCAGACAAGGACCCUGUGACUGAAUUUCAUCAGAAUGUUCUGGAAAAGGCAGAUAUUAUCCAGGCAACUGGAACUGCUAUUGCUACAGUAGAAGAGAUUCAAUGUCUUACACCAAGGGGUCGUUAUGAUAUCAAGAUUUAUCCUACAUUUCUACAACUCCAUGGUAAAACAUUUGAUUACAAGAUUCCGUAUAAUACAGUACUGCGGCUGUUUCUGUUACCACACAAAGAUGGAAGACAAAUGUUUUUUGCGGUGAGUUUGGAUCCACCAAUCCGACAAGGUCAGACUAGAUAUCCCUUCCUAAUUCUACUUUUCAACAAAGACGAGGAGACAUCUUUAGAGCUAGGAUUAUCAGAGGAAGACAUUCAGGAGAAGUAUGAAGGGAAACUGACAAAAGAGAUGUCUGGACCAAUGUAUGAAAUAGUUAGCCGCAUUAUGAAGGCUUGUGUGAAUAGGAAGAUUACAGUGCCUGGCAGCUUUAUUGGGCACUCUGGAACCCAUGCCGUGGGCUGUUCCUAUAAGGCUGCUACUGGGUUUCUCUACCCUCUUGAGAGAGGUUUUAUGUUUGUCCACAAGCCUCCCAUACAUGUCAGGUUUGAUGAAGUGGCCAAUGUGAACUUUGCUAGGAGUGCUGCAAACACAAGGUCCUUUGAUUUUGAGGUGGAGACUAAGUCGGGAACAAUCCACACAUUUGUAAAUAUUGAAAAAGAUGAAUAUGGAAAGCUUUAUGACUUUGUCACCUCCAAAGGGCUGGGUGUGAAGAACAUAGGAAGCAAGAAGAUGACUGAUGACAAGUAUGAUGAACUGCUGGACAGUGAGGAUGAGGAUGAACAUGAUGUCUACUUGGAGAGAAUGAAACAAGAAGGAAAAGAAAGGGCGGAAGAUGAUGAUCAGGAUGAUGAUGAAGAUGAGGAUGAUGAUGAUUACGUUGCCCCUGAAAGUGGAAGUGAAGUGGCAGAAGAAUUUGAUACAGAUUUCACAUCUUCAUCAAGUGAAGAUGAAGAGGGUGAUGGAGAUGAUGACAAGAAGAAAGAGAAAAAAGAAAAAAAAAAGAAAGAGAAAAAAGAAAUGAAAACUAAAACAGUGCGUGAGGGACCAAGAAAGAAGAGGAAAAAAGAGAAAAAAGAUCCCAAUGCUCCCAAACGUCCACAAUCUGCAUAUUUUCUGUGGCUCAAUGAGCAUAGAGAGCAGAUCAAGAGAGAAAACCCUGGGAUAUCCAUUACUGAAGUAUCAAAGAAAGCUGGAGAAAUGUGGAAGGAAGUCACAGACAAAACGGAGUGGGAACAGAAAGCUGCUGCUGCUAAAGCUGAAUAUGAGAAGGCAAUGGAGGCAUACAAAGCAGCCAAAGCAGAUGCAGAUGAGGAAGACGAAGACUCUGAAAGUCCAAAGGCCAAGAAGUCCAAGAGCCCAAAGAAAAGUUCAAGCAGCACAAAGAGCCCCAAGAAGGAAAGCAAGGCUGGGGCUGGGGGAGAGUACAAAAGUAAGGAGUUCAUCUCCAGCUCUGAGGACUCCAGCACAGACAGUGAUGAUAAACCACUUAAAAAGAAAACCAAGACAGAAAAAGAGAAGAAGCCCAAGAAAGAGAAGGAAAAGAAAGAAAAGAAACAGAAGAAAAAGGAAGAAUCUGAAUCAGAAAAUGAAGAGCUUCCUGACGAUGAGGAAAUUCUCAGCACACCUCCUUCUUCUGGUGCAGGAUCUGGGUCAGGUUCUGGAUCUGAUGACGAUGAAGACGAUGACUGAGUAAAUUUUAGCAUGCAUCUACUUAGAUAUGUAAAUUCUUCUGACCAUUUGGAGAUUUCCUGCAUCACCAAACAUUGUGUGAUAGACAAAAAGAAAAAGUUAACACAGUUUUUGUGGCACAGUGUCAUUAUUGUUCUCACAAAGGGAAACUAAAAAGAUUUGAGUGAACCAGUAAAAGUGAAAUGAUUUAUCACACUGAACAAAGCCUGAAUGGUUUCAGUUCCCUGGUAUAAGAUGGAGUGACUUUUGCCGUUGGGAGCAUGAUGAAAAACUGUAGUAGGAACAUUUUCUUCAGUGCUAUUAUAAACAAAAUCUGUCAUUGUCUACGUACAUUGACUUUUUGUAAUCAUUUUUGGACCAUCAGUUGAGUAUAGAUCUGGAAGCUUAUUAAAUGUUACACAAAUAAGGACACAUUUUGUUUGUCUACCCCAAUUUCCAGUUGCUUUUAUUUACACAAUCAGAAAACUUCAUCUUGGCUUGACACUAAUUAUUGGCUAGAGUAUUAUGGACUAUGUGGGGCAUUUGCCACUGUCGCAAACAUUAAAAAUGCACCCAUUUUCUUAGCACUUUUAAAUCUCUAGUACUUGCUACCAAACGGGUUUUAAAGAUCACUUCUUUCCACAGUAUUUGAGCAUUCCAAAUACCUUUUAAAGGAUGAAGCUUUCUUAAGUAAGUUAAAAGAACAAAUCUCAUGUAUUGAAAUUAUUUGCCAUCAUUUUAGACUUCUGCAGUUAAAAAAAAAAAUUUUUUUUUUCAA